GAUUUUGUGUCUUCUUUGUAGGUUGCCUGUUGUAUCCCUGUAGAAGCCAUGAAGCGUUCACGACUACCCAGUAGUAGUGAAGAUUCGGAUGACAAUGCUAGCCUAUCUACAUCUUGGUCACAGAAUUCAAGGUCUCGUCAUGGCAGAAGCUCAACGCAUGAAGACCACAAACCUUCUGAGGUGUUCCGAACAGACCUGAUCACUGCUAUGAAGCUGCACGACUCCUACCAGCUAAAUCCAGAGGACUAUUAUGUACUGGUAGAUCCAUGGCGGCAGGAGUGGGAGCAAGGUGUGCAAGUGCCUGUGAACCCAGAGUUAAUCCUGGAGCCAGUUGCCAGGGUGAUCACCGAGAAAGAGAAAGUAGUCACAUACAGUAGACCUCGCAAAUACAUCCACUCGUCUGGAUCUGACCCUCCGGAACUGGGAUAUGUUGACAUCAGGACACUUGCAGAAGGAGUUUGCCGCUACGACUUAAAUGAGAUGGAUGUGGCUUGGCUUGAGAUGAUUAAUGAAGAGUUCAGGGAAAUGGGUAUGCCGCAGCUGGAUGAGUACAUGAUGGAGCGAGCAAUGGAGGAGUUUGAACAGAAGUGCUAUGACAACAUGAACCAUGCCAUAGAGACAGAGGAAGGCCUUGGCAUUGAGUAUGACGAGGAUGUUGUCUGCGAUGUCUGUCAGUCUCCAGAUGGUGAAGAUAGCAACGAAAUGGUCUUCUGUGACAAAUGUAAUAUCUGCGUACAUCAGGCAUGUUACGGCAUUCUCAAAGUACCUGAAGGAAGUUGGCUGUGUCGGACAUGUGCCCUAGGGGUCCAGCCAAAAUGUUUACUGUGCCCAAAGAAAGGAGGUGCCAUGAAGCCCACCCGUAGUGGUACUAAAUGGGUUCAUGUCAGUUGUGCUUUGUGGAUCCCUGAGGUGAGCAUUGGGAGUCCUGAAAAGAUGGAGCCAAUUACCAAGCUGUCUCACAUCCCUAGCAGCCGUUGGGCACUGAUAUGCAGUUUAUGCAAUGAGAAGGCUGGAGCAUGCAUACAGUGCUCUAUUAAAAACUGUCGCAUAGCUUUUCAUGUGACAUGCGCCUUUGAUCGGGGUCUGGAAAUGAAGACCAUCCUGACAGAGGAAGAUGAAGUAAAAUUCAAGUCUUAUUGUCCAAAGCACAGUACAGACAAGAAGACAGAGGAUGAACUGAAUGGGGCAGCUGAGGCCCCCCCUGUGUGUUCAGAGGAUUUACAAGCCCGUAGCGCCUCCCAGCAGGAGGCCAAGCACGGGAGCCAGCGGAAGCUGAAGCUCCAGCAACUUGAGGAUGACUUCUAUACAUUUGUCAAUGUACAGGAUGUAAGUCAGGCCUUGCAAAUCUCCUGUGAGAUGACAGAUUAUAUUUACCAGUACUGGAAACUGAAGAGGAAAUCCAACUUCAAUAAACCACUUAUAACUCCGAAGAAGGAUGAGGAAGAUAACCUGGCCAAACGGGAACAAGAUUUUCUGAUUCGCCGGCUCCAGCUCUUUACUCAUCUGAGGCAGGACCUUGAAAGGGUCCGCAAUCUUACUUACAUGGUGACCAGGAGGGAAAAGAUGAAGCGUUCUGUGUGCAAAGUCCAGGAACAGAUCUUUAAUCUCUACACAAAACUCAUGGAUCACGAUAAGAGCAGUGCUGGUGCCAUUUCUGAAAGCAUUCUGCUCUUCAACACACAGCCAUCUAACCCAGAUGCCCCAAAAAUUGAAGAUUUGAAGUGGCACUCUGCUUUCUUCAGGAAACAACUGAGUGCCUCACUGGGACGCACCAUUAAAAUGUCCCACAAAAAGAACAGGGAUAAAGACGGGUCAUCAAGCACCAUGAAACCAUUUCACUCACGCUCCAGCUGCUCUGAUAAAAGAAAGGAAAUGCCAUCUGCUGAUUCAACUUAUUCUGCAGAAAAGGCCAUUGCCAAAGUUGCACCUGUACAGCAGAAAAAUGAGGCAAAUAUGCCAGACCAUAGGAAGAGGAGGGAUAGCCGCUCCCAGUGUGACCUUGUAAGAGCAGAGCUCAAAGAAAAGCCUCACAAACAGCGCCAUAAAGUUAUCAGGCCCGGAGAGCUGCCUGAUAGGCAGGGCGAAUAUAAGAGGUCCACGAACCAAUGUAGUGGAAAGACAAGUUUAUUCUCAAAGAAGAGCCCAAAUGGGAAUAGUUUGCCGAAGUACAGUGGUUCAUUAAUCAAAAUCCACUGUAACCAGUCCUCUUCCAUUAAAGUGCCUACAAGCCCAGUGAAAAACUGGGGGGGAUUCCGGAUUCCAAAGAAAGGCGAGAAACAGCAACAAAAAUCAGAAACCUGUCAGCCGAACAGCAGCUGUCAAUACUUAGGCCUAGUCUCACCAAAUGAUAGGACGAAAGACAAACAUAAGCUAGUCAAUGACAAUGAUGGCUAUACUCCAGAUGCAGAGAUGAGUGACUCUGAAACAGAAUCAACAGACAAGUGUUCACUGCAGAGGCUGUCAUCAAGCAGUAGCAUGAAUCGCGGCUAUGAGACGGACAUUAUUAGAAGAGGCAUCCUAGCCUCUUGAUUGGAUGACUCUAUCAAGUCCUUGGAGCUAUAACCACAGGAGAGACUACUUACAAACAAGUGUUUUAACUUUUUGUGUAUGAAGAAUAUAUGAGACCUGCUAUGCAGCAAUGGAUAGACAGGUCAACAGCCAGCUCUUCCUUUACUUGCUCCAACCUGUUUACUUGCACUUGAAAAUCCAAGACAUUCUUCCUACCCAGUCUAUUCCUUUCCCUGAUUUGCUGAAAACACAUUGUUCAUGUAUCUGUUUAGGUUGGAUGCAGAGUCUGUCCAAUAUGCAGGUUUACAUGGCAAGGGUGGGCUGCACUGGAAGUGCUUUCAUUAUUUUUUCCACUGAAAGCACAAAGAAGACAUUUUGGAAUGAUACACAAAAUUUGGUUUUUGGGUACACCAACUUGCACUUCUGGCCCGUUACAUUUCCUUGCACUUGAUCCAUACUCCAGGCAUGGUCUUAAUUUUUGUUUGCCUGUUAAGCUCCUAUGUUAAUACAGUGGCUAAAUUUUGUUAGGUACUUGGAGCCAGUAAUGAAAUGUAUGUAAAAGAAGUUCUUGAUCACCGCCUUUUGGAAGUAUGGCACAGUAUGCACUUGAAGUUAUAUUCUACAUUUGGGGAACUGGAAUAAAAGGGAGCACCUCCUUCGUUCUAAUAAAGCUGUGUACACACAUCAUUUCAAACUCUUUAUAGUUCCCCCUUUUUCAGUUCCAAUGUGUCAGUGUCUCAAACUUUGUGUGUAGUAAGAGACACUUUGAGUCUUUUGGGCCAAGGAUAUACUACCACUAUGGGUUGUUUGGUCAAUGUUUGCCCUGUCAGACAGCUAAAAGACACACCAAA